AUGCCUCCAUCCUUCUUCAAUCUCUCAUCCUUGACGGAUUUAGAUCUGCAUGUGAAUUUUGACAAGCUUCCUGAUGAAUUCGACAAGUUAAUAUCCCUGACUAAGCUCACACUCGACACCUCGUGGAACGCCCACCUCCCGGAAUCAUUCGGCCACCUCACCAGUCUGACUGAGUUGAAUUUUAUAAAUUGUCCAUUAACACGACUGCCUGACUCCUUUGGUGGCCUGAAAUCACUGGUCAGACUCAGCCUUGGAGUGACUAUACUGGACGCUCUCCCUGACUCCAUAGGCCAGCUUCAGAACCUCCAAGAAUUUCACUUGAAAGACAACUACCCCAUUACCAGUCUCCCAGAUUCCUUCUUCCAGUUAAGCUUGUGGAAUGUGAAUGGUUUGUUUCGCUUCCAACCGCAUUGUCCCACCUCGUUUCUCUCACAAUGCUAA